GAUCGAGCGCGUGUCAAAUGGAACAAUGUAACGGAUCGGAGUUGACAGCCUCAGUCGAGAGGUUACUGAUUAAUCUCAGUCCGGCUCCAUAACCAUAGAUAAGGGCACGAGAUCCGCCUGAAUGACAGGAGAAUGACAGCAGGUCCGCAUCGUCUUCAUUUCAAGGUAGGGACCUGAGGAAAAUUUGCUUUGAAUGGGGAACAUAAUUUGCAUGCUACCCAAGUUCAGGCAGGAUCUUACACAAGCCUGGAGACGGGGAACGCACCUGCCUCUCUUCCUCGACCUGUAGACUCAUUCAUCAGCACCGGACGUCUUUAAUGGGAUAAACUAUCUCCAGAGAUCAGGUGAACGGCUGAUCUAAACUCAAGUAAGACCUUCAAGCUACUUAAUUUCUUCUUAAUUGACACUUUUCAUCCUAAGGCCUCCGCAUGGUACUCUGGUCGAAAGAUCAAGACAAACUGUCCGACAUGUCCACCGGGACGGAAAGGAUAGAGAUGAAGAAGGAGGGAGCGCCGCCGGCGUACCACCACUCCAAUGGGUCUGUCCAUCCGGUAAUACUACCGGACAACCCCGAGGAGGUGCCCCAGACUCCCGGGGAGUACGAACUCACAGAGGUGACCUCCUUACCGGACCGCGGCGAUCAGGAGAACGAGCGGCCGGACAUGGUAGUCCUCGACUGUCGGGCCAACGCGAAAGGCCAGAGGGAAGAGGACGCGCUUCUGGAGAACGCCAGCCAAAGCAAUGAGAGCGAUGACACUAGUACGGACCAAAGCCCGGUGCCGCCGGCUCCACUGAAGGAAACGUCCUUCUCUAUUGGACUCCAGGUUUUGUUCCCUUUCCUGCUGGCAGGGUUUGGGACAGUUGCAGCUGGCAUGGUUCUGGACAUUGUUCAGCAUUGGACGGUAUUCACAGAGGUGACUGAAGUCUUUAUCCUGGUGCCUGCUCUCCUGGGCCUGAAGGGGAACUUGGAGAUGACCCUGGCAUCCAGACUGUCUACCGCGGCUAAUAUUGGACAAAUGGAUACAGCCAAGGAUAUGUGGAAAAUGAUCAUGGGAAACCUCGCACUAAUUCAGGUUCAGGCCACUGUGGUCGGCUUCCUGGCUUCCAUCGCUGCAGUCAUUUUUGGCUGGAUUCCAGAGGGUAAUUUUAAGAUGGGUCAUGCUGUCCUGCUCUGUGCCAGCAGUGUGGCCACCGCAUUCAUCGCUUCUUUGCUGCUAGGUCUUAUCAUGAUCGGGGUUAUCAUUGCGUCCAGGAAGGUUGGCAUCAACCCAGACAACGUGGCCACCCCUAUUGCUGCCAGCCUUGGUGACCUGAUCACCCUGGCCCUGUUGGCUGGCAUCAGUACGGGCCUGUAUAAGGAACUCGAAUUCAAUGAUUAUGCCAACCCGAUGGUUUGUGCCUUCUUUGUCGCCCUGACACCCAUCUGGGUACUAAUCGCCCGGCGGAUACCUUCCACCCGGGAAGUGCUCUACUCAGGGUGGGAGCCUGUCAUUAUCGCCAUGGCGAUCAGCAGUGUUGGAGGCCUCAUUCUGGAUAAGACUGUAUCUAACCCCAACUUUGCUGGAAUGGCGGUUUUCACACCCGUCAUCAACGGUGUGGGCGGCAAUCUGGUGGCGGUACAAGCCAGUCGAAUCUCCACUUACCUGCACAUGAACGCCCUGCCCAUAGCAGAGCCAAACCCAACCCCACAGAAAUGCCCUACUCCCUGGAGCUCAUUCUUUGGGUCAGGUGUCAACUCACGUUCUGCCAGAGUGCUUUUCCUCCUGGUCGCUCCUGGUCAUCUGGUUUUCUUGUACACCAUUAACUCAAUGCAGGGUGGACACACCACUCUCACCUACGUCUUCAUUGCAUUUUACCUGGCCGCUGCUCUGCUCCAGGUUGUGAUCCUGCUGUACCUUGCAGACUGGAUGGUUAACUGGAUGUGGCGUCGAGGGAUGGAUCCCGACAACUUCUCCAUUCCCUACUUGACCGCCCUGGGAGACCUGCUGGGGACGGGCUUCCUGGCUCUGUGUUUCCACAUCCUGUGGCUAAUUGGAGAUCGGGACACAGAUGUGGGUGAUUGAUCCACGCUGCUUCCUUUGACUCUGUCCAAGCAACACAAACGUCUUUAUUUAUAAUGCCACAUAGAGAAAUAAUAUCUAUAUUGUUAUUGCUACUAUGUCUACCAUGAUUAUAUUGAUGACAUUAUUGCUUUAGUAUUGAUUUGUAAUUUCGUUGUUGUUUAGCUACUGGGAGAACAACAAUCCUCAUUAUUUUUCAAUGGGGAUGUUCGGCCCAAUUUUACGGCCAGUCGCGUUGGCUGCAUGUAAAGAUGACAUCGACCUAAACUUGAAAUAUUUCACGAGAGGCAAACAAACAUAGAAUGCUUAAUCACCAAGUGCUACAAAAUGAUGUAAAAUGAUGUGUUUUGAGGGCAGCACUCACAGCCUUUGCAAACUAAAGACAAAAAAUAUAAUUUUGGACCAUCACAGAAUAUCCUUACAUUUCAGGCUAGAGAUUGAAGGGGUCUUAAUACCGGAUACUGAAUCUCAAAGGGGACCUUAUUUACGAUAAAACAUGCAUAUACAGUAGAGUACUUUAAAAUACGCAUUGAUCGCCCUGUUUAACAUGCAAUGCUGUUUUCAGGAUCUAACUUUGCUUUAGAAGCGCUGCUUGUAGUCACAGAGAGUGAUAGUAACCAAAAGCGCUUCUUUGUUUCUUUUGAAAUCCCUGAAAUACUCAAGUUGUGCAAUGCAAUAUGAGAGGUUCAUGGGUUGUUUACACUCAACACCUAAAGGAUAAAAUAUCAGACUUUGCCUCAAUUGCGUAGGUACAUUUCUGUUACCUACACAACAGUUUCACCCAAUCAAAAACCCUGAAAGAUUUGUUUGUUGUAAGCUUCUCAGGCCGUUAUUGUGAAGUUCACAUCUGUUAAUCUCUAAAAUCUCUUCUGUGGACUCAAAAUACUGGGACAGUUAAUGUAUUUGUAGUGAUGGAUAACAAAGCGGCUAUUUUAAAAGGGCAGUGAGUUGGCAGUUUUCAAAUGCAGGACCCAUUUUGUCAUUUUUGAAAAUGAUCUCUUAAAUUCUUAUGAAUUCAUUAUUCUAUUAUAUAGAGUAAAUAUACAAUUUGACCCUUCACUAAGCUCUUACUGAUGCUAACAUAAGCUAUGUUUCCAUCAAAUGUUGUGAAUUUAUCUUGUGUGCAAAAUUGGAAUAUCACAUAAAACAUUUGCGAGUAAAGCGCCAUUUCCAUACCAUGUGUUCAAGAGAACAAAAUCAUCAUUUCAUGGGAAAUUGCCGCAAAAUAUCUGUAAUGAAAAUCAAAGUUGCUGCAAUCAGUAAAGCCACUGUGACUCACAUUUCACCUGACAUAACGUAAAAAAUAAAAUCAUGUUAUCUUGCAUUCGGAGGCAGAUGCCUGCGUUUGAGAAUGCAGUUGUGCAUUCUGGGAGGAAGUAAUACCCAACAAUUUUGAUGACUUUGCCUCAGGCAUUUCAGAAUGACCAAAUCAACAUUUGAGAUGCUGUGCAAUGACACUGGUCCACUGGUUAGUCCAGUUGCCCAAUCACAUCCUCUGUUGAGUCUUUUGUUGCGCAUUGAGGGAUUUAUUUGGUAAAUGUAUUUCCAUCAUAGUUUAUGCGCAUGUCUUGUUAUUGGAGAAAUAAUUAACCUCCUCAGUUGAGUGCCUGUUUUUAUGCACAUUUUUAGAAUUUCUGCUUCCUGCCUCUGUGUUUCCACAUCCUGUGACUAAUUGGAGAUCAGAGCACAGAUGUGUGUGUCUGCUAUGUCUACCAUGAUUAUAUUGAUGACAUUAUUGCUUUAGUAUUGAUUUGUAAUUUCUUUGUUGUUUAGGAGAACAACAAUCCUCGUUAUUUUUCAUUGGGGAUGUUCGGCCCAAUUCUCAUAUCCGUUGCAAACUAAAUACGAAAAAUACAUUUUUGGACCUGAGUGAUCUUAGAUAACAUUUCAGGUUAGAGAUUGAAAGGGCUACCUGGUCAUAACACCAGAGAAUGAACCUCAAAAGGGACCUUUUUAUAUGAUAAACAUGCAUAUGCACAUUUUUGCGCAUCUUGGCGUUUCCAUCUUUUGUUUUUGUUUCUUCUUAUGUGAUAUUCCAGAAUUCACAUAAAAAUAAGUGAAUGGAAACAUAGACAAGCUUUACAGAACUGAACUAGAGUUUCCAUGAUUUUUAGUUAAAUGUGCUCACAGUGUUCAGAAUUAAUUGGAAAUGAUUCCUCUGUGAGCUGAAAGGAAAUAUGCAUUGCAACGCAUUUAAUCUGCCAAUUUCCUUUAAAGAAAUUGUUAAAUUACCCAGUAAUGUGAUUAAAAAAUGCAGAGCUUGCAAACUGGAGGCGAGAAACGCUCAUUAAAGUCUAAAAAAGAGAAAAGGCUCGUUUUAUAGCACAAUGACCCUUUGGGUAUAAUUUUUUUUUAAAAUAAUAUCUGUAAAAGUCAGUUUAACACAAAGCUUAGCUAAGGGUCAAUUGGUGAAUUAAAUGACUUUAAACGAAAAGCACCUGCUCAUUGACAGGACACACAAAACCCUCUGCCUCAAAAGCCUUUUUACAAUACGAUCCAAGAAUUUCUGUAGAAUUAUGCAAAAACACACAAAAGGGCUAUUUUGAAAUCUAUAUGCAUGCUAGCUGAAGAAGUUCUGUUGUAACCGGUUCCCGAAUGUGAUUUUGAAGCCAUGCUUUAUUAAAAUCCCUGAAAGAGUUUCUUUCAUACUGGAAGAGGAGAGAGAUGAUUUCCUUUUUCUUUUUCUUUUUUAAUGUGAGGUCAAUGCCACUCAGAAACACUUGAAAUGCUAAUAGGAUGGCUAGCAGCUAAUCCGUACCUCGUUUCUCGGCCAUAAAAAUCUCUAAUCAGUAGUUGCCAGUACGCUAAUGUGUAUUUUAAUGACUAGCCAGACCUUAUAAAGCAACUGACCUCCAGUUAUCGACAAUGUGUUUAACUGUAAUGUUAGCCUCCCAUUGCUAAAGGGCUGUGUAGAAACAUCGCUCCAUUUGCUGGUAUCUCAUCACCAGUUCGCGCACAUCGACAGCAAAAUGAAUUGUGCCGGGCACAUAACAUUAAAAUGCGUUGUUAGUAACUAUAUCUUGAACGUAUUCUCCUUUAUUUGUACUUUAACUUGUCAGUUUGUGUCAAACACUUUGGUUUCUGCCCUAAAAUGUCUGUUUUUAACUGUGCAAGGGCGAGUUACUGUGACAUUAAACAUGCUUACCACGACACUAUACAUUUUAGUGUCGUGUAAACGUGUUUAAUGUCUCAAUAGAUACUGUGCACAAGAUGUACUGUAAUGUCAGACGUUGCCACAAGAGGUCGCGCUUGUGCAAGGAGAGCAUGCAGCUUCAAAAUGUGUCAUAUGCACGUUUAUAGUUUCACAAUUAUGCAUUCAAACAUUACAAAUAUUACUGUGCAACUGGUCCGGUGCUGCCAUUGUACCAUGAGCAGCUCUCUAUAGUUGUGAAUAUUUCUUCAGGGGAUGGGAGGCUUUGUUUAUUUAUUUCUAUAGAUGUGACAAAGCUAUUUGUAAAUAAUAUAUUUAUUCUAUAAAUGUUUAUUUUUCAUUUUGUUGCAUUUUUUCUUUGCAUUGGACCAGUAGAGAUGUUUACUGUACGUUUAUCAGUAAUUUUUGUUUUUGUUUUGGUAAACCUUAACAAAUAUAUCAAAGUUUGGUGCCUAAUAUCCAGCAAAACCUCACACUCGAUCUGGUUCGGUGAAAUGAGCAUAAUAUGCCUUAACAAAUCACAUGCAAGGCUUGACACGUAGGUUUUAUAGGUCUUCUGAUUUGUUUUUGGGUUUUUUUUUUUUUUGUAUAUGAGCUUUUUUAAUUCAUGGAGUUGAUUUUCAUAUUGUAUUGAUUUGGUUUGUGUACACAAAUCAUCCCGUCCGUUGUGUUCUUCCAGGGCAGAUGUAUUGCUGGUAACUUAUCCAAAGCAAAGCCACUGAAGAUCCCCAUGAGUUUUAGAGUGAAUUAAUAUUUGCUUGAGGGUUGUCUAAUCUGUCACAUAUAUUCCCUCUUAUUGACGUAAUAUAGCUUUCAAGAAAACAUAACCUUCUCUGAGUCAGAUCCCAGCCCCUCGAGCAAGACCAGAUCAAACUUACCAGGUUAUCCAAGAGUGUACAGCUAGUUAUGGUAACUGGUUAUCUGAGUUGUAUGAUUUCUUCUCCAUCACUUCUGCCCCUGCUGCUUCAAUCUGACACUGUCAAGUGGACUUAACAGAGGUACUUGUAAUUUGCUGGAAAUAAAAGAUUAUAUUAUUUCGUA